UCAGGUCCUGUUGGGCCUUAGGGAAGUCAAGUCGUCCUUGAUCCGGGCAAAGGGGCUUGUUCUUUGGUAAAGUUAACGGGAUUCUAGUAGUAAGGGUAGGCAAUUUUAUCAUGUGCACCGGUCAGUUAAGGAAGAGGUGGGGAGUAUGGGAUGUAGGAGAGAGGAUGUUGUGUGGAGCAGACCAAGGUAUGGGCAUACAGGUUUGAAUGCCACAUUGUGGAUGAUAGAGAGACAUGAAACAGGUCUGUGUGAUGAUUGUUCAGUGGAGGAAAUGGUGGAACAUGUGUUGAUAUUUUGUGAACUGUAUGACUUAGAAGUGGCUCUAUUUCACUUUCUUAGAGGAACAGGACUGAAAAGAAUUCAAUGUAGGUAUGACGUCACUGGCCUCACACUCCAGUACAGUAGUUGGCAGUGUAUGCACCUUUAAAAUUGGAUGCGAGCCGCCAACCCAAUCUCAAAGAAGAAGGUGUCGAUGACAGGCAAGCAGUAGUUUACCUGGCUUGUUCUUUUGGGCAGCUGGCACACACCGCAGCAGUCGACCUGAGAAUGGUUUGAUUCACACUUCUUCAGUCGUUAGCUACUAGGUCUGAGGCACAGCAGAGCCUCUCAUCCUCAAGCCUUCGGAUGUCUAGCCAUGUGUGUGGCCGCAUCCUUGUGCGAGCUGCAAGCAGCACCCUCAGCCCUCUCUCUCCCCAGUGGCCCAGUCUGACCCAGCGAGCACGCCUCUCCUGGGGCUGCUCUGUGUCUGGUGCUAGGUGUAGGUCUGGGGCCACCAUGCGCUUCCUCUCCACCCGUCAGGACCUGGACUUCCAGCUGAGCCGUGUCCAGAUCAGCAGCAUCCUGCGAGCCAACGAGCAGGCUGUGAGCAUCCCUGAGUUUGAUGGCCGGGGUCUCAGUGCUGUGAGGAAGUUUGAAAGCAACCAGCUGGCAGCUAACACCCCCAACGAGGACCGCCGCAGCGCCGCCACCUGCCUACAGACUAAGGGCAUGCUGUUCGGGGUAUUUGAUGGUCAUGGUGGCUGGGCGUGUGCCCAGGCGGUCAGUGAGCGUCUGCUGUACUACGUGGCGGUGGCCAUGAUGUCCCAGAAAGGACUGGAGGAGCUGGAACACUGCAUGGAGCAGAGCAGGCCUGUCCCUCCCAUCCUACAGUGGUACAAAAACCACGGAGACUACAACUACAGAGAGUCAGCCUCGCUCUACGUAGAACACCUCCGGGUCUUCUGGCAGGAGCUUCUGGACAGCGAGGAGCACGGCGACGGAAUGAGUCCUCCUGAUGCUCUGUAUUAUGCCUUUAAGCGUCUGGACACAGACAUCUCUCUGGAGGCCCAGGUCCCACACUCUAGCGACCUGAUAAGGAGUACUGCCAUACAGGUGGCGUUUGCUGGCUCCACAGCCUGUGUUGCCCACGUGGGCACUGAGGGGAUCCAUGUGGCGAAUGCAGGUGACUGCCGUGCAGUGCUGGGGGUGCAGGAGGAGGACGGGUCGUGGAGCGCCUUACCCCUGUCCCAGGACCACAACGCACAAAACGAGGCUGAGCUGGAGAGGCUUCGAGCCCAGCACCCCCCCUCGGAGAGGGACACGGUGGUCACUGACAACAGGCUGCUGGGGAUCCUGAUGCCUCUGCGUUCGUUUGGAGACGUAAGGUUCAAGUGGAGCCUUGAGCUGCAGCAGAGUGUUCUAGAAAGCCUGGAGUCUGGAAUAGAACUGGACUUCCUUAACCUCUACCAGUACACUCCGCCCAACUACCUGAGCCCGCCCUACCUGGACGUGGCGCCGCAGCUGACCUAUCACAGCCUCCGACCGCAGGACCGCUUCCUGAUCCUGGGCUCUGACGGGCUGUGGGAUGAGAUGAGCUCUGAGGAGGCGGUUCGGCUGGUGGGCGAACACCUGAGUGGGAUUCAUCUACAGGCUCCAGUCUCCCCCACUGAGAGACAGUUGAACCUGGGCCAGAUGCAAGAGCUGCUGUGGAAACGCCGUGCCCUUGCCAUGCCCACCCUGGACCCCAAUGCUACCACACACCUCAUCAGACAUGCCCUGGGCACUGGGCAGUAUGGAGAACUCUGCCAGGAGAAACUGGCAUCUAUGUUGGCUCUGCCUGAGGACCUGGCACGCAUGUACAGAGACGAUAUCACAGCUACUGUGGUUUAUCUGAACUCUGACCUGGUCAGACAACACAGGUAAUGCAGAUGGGGACACACAAACAUAAUAUUUUUACAGUAAAGAUGGUCUACUUCAACUCAGGCUUGGUCACAUAACACACACACAUUUCUUGACAGUUGUUUAAUUUACCCUACGGUGAAAACAUUUGCUGCGUACUUAGGCCUAAUGCUCAAAUACUGCUCGCAGAGAACUGAGUGGCAUUGUAUUAGUGUUUUUCAGAUGGUUAAAUAAACUCAGAAAAAAAACGUC